AUGGAAACAGAAGCUAAUGGCUCAGAGACCCCCGACUGUGAAACAAGAUGGUCUCGGCGACUGUCGGGGGUCCCGCUCAAACUCCUGCAGCGACUGAUGCCGUUCCAGCGCCACGGCGUGGAGUUCGCCCUCGCCAGAGACGGACGCUGUCAGACAGGCCACGCCCCCACAGUCUACGGUUACGCCCCCACAGUCUAUGACCACGCCCCCUCAGACAGACCACGCUUCUUCAGACAAGCCACGCCCCCUCAGACAGAACACGCCCCCUCAGAUUCUGAUCACGAUCCCUCAGACAGACCACGCCCCAUCAGACUGACCACGCCCCCUCAGACUGACCACGCCCCCUCGGACAGACCACGCCCCAUCAGACUGACCAAACCCCCUCAGACUGACCACGCCCCCUCGGACAGACCACGCCCCCUCAGACAGACCACGCCCCAUCAGACUGACCAAACCCCCUCAGACUGA